AUGAGCGAGCGGAAGGCUACCGGUGCUACGAGCACUACCACAUCCACCACCACCACCACCACCACCACGGCGCCGGGUGCGAUGGAUGCCAAGGGAAGCAAGGUGGUGGAGCGAAGCAAGAUGGCGGCCAAAGGCGAUGCGGCCGAGCGCGACAAGGACCAUGAGGCCCGUGGCGCUGGCAAGAACCCCAAGAAGAGACGCAAGGUUAACCAUGUGACCUUGGAAGAGCAAGUUGUCGAGUGUGAGCGUCCAUGUACGAGAUGCAUUAAGCGAAAUAUUGGCCAUCUCUGCCACGAUGAGCCCCGCGAGUCAGAUCCCAAGAAGAAGACGGUUGUUAGCAAAACUGCGUCCACGGCGUCCGUAGAUGAAUCGGACACCAUGUCCCAGUCCGACGUGGGCCAUAGCUCCAUCUCCAGCGCCAUGGGCCCUCCCCCGACCUUCGAUGGCGCGAGACAGAGGGCAAACUCGGCCAUCGGGGCUGGAGGCGUGCUUGGACAGGCCAACCCAUUAUCCCUUGUGCAACCCGACGCCUCGUCUGGCCUGCAGGCCAACGCGUUGAAUAACAAUGGUAACGCGAAUCAAUCUCUUCAGCUCACCUUCGUCUUUCUCCGAUACUACCCCCAGUACCCCCCCCCCCCCCCCCCUCCCCCUUCGGCCACCAACAUGAAGCUCUGGAUGGCUAACGAUGGAGUAGUUGCCGGCUUCUCGGACGCUUGGUUGACCGCGCAAAACUACCAUGAUAUGAACACCUAUAACCCCAACUACCUGAUUGGAGCCGACGUCACUCACGAGUUUAACCUGCUCAACGACUUUUUGCACAAUAGCAUCCUUGACGAGGGUGGCGUCGAAGCUCAGCAGAAUUCGGCCUUUAAUCGGCCAGGGGGUCCGUCAGAGAUGCUCUCUGGCUUUGGCAGCAGCAAUGGAUUGACGGGCGGCUCUGUAUCAGCGGGCCAGAAGCCAGGGUCCAUGCUGCCUCCUUCAAAUUUUGACAGCAAGUCAAUGGCUCGAUCCGACAAGGAGAAGACUCGAGAAUACUACCUCCAGGCAGCCGAUCCUUCUGGGAACGACAACCCAGAAGAACGAAUGUCUCGCGUGCUCAAGGCCAAGUACGAUGCCGGCCUGCUCAAGCCGUUCAACUACAUCAAGGGCUAUGCGCGGCUGGGCAAGUACUUGGACGGGCACAUCGCGUCCACAUCCAAACAGAAGAUUUUGCGGACCAUUAACCAGUUUCGACCAAAGUUCCGAGAAAAGGCACAGGGCUUGACGGACAUGCAGCUGGUGUACGUGGAGAUGUGGUUUGAGAAACAGCUGAUGGACUACGACCGGGUGUUUGCCAGUAUGGCCGUGCCGGCGUGUUGCUGGAGGCGGACGGGGGAGAUUUUUCGAGGAAAUAAAGAAAUGGCCGAGUUGAUCAAUGUUCCUGUGGAUCAACUGCGAGAUGGCAAGAUUGCACUCCACGAGAUCCUUACCGAGGAGUCGAUGGUUAGAUAUUGGGAGGAGUUUGGCACCAUUGCCUUUGACCCGGCGCAUGAUACGUUGUUGACGGCGUGCUCGCUCAAGAAUCCUAGUGAUUCGUCAGAUCAUCCCAUCGUCAAGUGCUGCUUCUCCUUUACGAUCCGCCGCGAUGAGCAUAAGCUACCUGCGUUGAUUGUUGGCAACUUUUUACCGCACGACCCUCCUGUACAGUGA